UUGAUCAUAUAUCGCUUUGUCUCAUGCUUCACUCCCGGCUAGAGCCGCAUUAACCACGCAAGUCCAUAUUUCGUCAGCAAUAUCGUUUCGACCAUGUCUUCAUCGGGAUUCAAGCCGAUGCCGGGAUGGUAUUGGCCGGACGACGUACCUAAAGAAGAAUCAACAGGAGCCUCAACCUCAUCAGCAAGACAACGGGCAGCUCCAAGCCCCUCAUCUACCGGCGAAACCCCCCAGGGCAGGGAGAGCACGCAGUCUUCAAGGCGUAGACACUGGCCGCCGAGGCAGUGCCGGAUUUGCCUAGAAACUGUUCAGCCUUCCUUCAAGGCUCCCUCAGAGCACCUGCCUGGCUUCCUCCAGCCCAACCCUGGCGUCACAUACGAGGAUGAGAAUGGUCGUUUAAUCCGGCCAUGCCUAUGCAAGGGCUCAUCCAAGUAUGUUCACGAGGCGUGUCUGCAAGCCUGGCGCCACGCGGAUCCCAGCUACGGGCGUCGGAACUACUGGCAGUGUCCAACUUGCGGGUUCAAAUACCGCCUUGCGCGUUUGGGAGCAGGAAGGUUACUGGCGAGCGUUGCUGCGCAGAUCGUCUUGACGGUCUUCAUUCUCUUUAUGGUGGUAUUCUUUCUUGGAUUCGUUGCCGACCCUAUCAUCAACCUGUACCUUGACCCAUGGAGCUACGUGAUGCCGUGGUCCAGCACAGAUCAUUACUACUACGAAGACGACGAACCCGCCACCUGGGCGGAACACUUCGCCAAGGGUUUCGCUGGCAUGGGAGUUCUUGGCUUUCUCAAAGUCCUCCUUGCCAGUCCACUGUCGUAUUUCAGAAUUGGAGGAGGCAGAGGUCGGACAACCGGCCGUGAUAGAUAUGAACAGAUCAGCUGGCUAAUCAUUCUGAUUGGUGUGGGCACCUUCCUGGUGGCAAUUUACAAGGGAGUCCGUGCAUGGAGUCGCCGUACGCUUGAAAAGGCAGGGGAGCGCGUCAUGGACGUGCAAGGUGACGAUGAUGCCGACGACGAUGAAUAGCUUGGUAGCUGGCCUCAAUGCUUGAUGUCUUAUCACUACGCGCCCACAUGCGGUAUUCUCUUGACCGUUCGCUACCCAGCUUCCACUUUGCCCAUACCAUUUUCCGCACAUCUUUGAGCUGUCUCGGUUACUUCUAUACCGUGCUUUGCAGUCAGUCUGCGUGCGAAGAUUAAACAGCCUGCGAUCCCCAUUCCGACUUGCGCGUUUUGUGCGGUCGGUUU